AUGUCGGCAAACAAUGAAUGUAGCCAGCAUAGUAGUGUAGUGAACUCUCACGACGACCCAAGAGGCUUCCCAGUAGAAAGAGCUCGGGCUGUGGAUAGCCCUUUGGGUCAGCUCGAUCCUUCGAGAAUCACACAUAUGGUUGUUGAUCAGGUUGGAUUAAACACAUCAGGUGAACGCUGCAGUGAUAGCAGUUUCGUUGUUCCAGGACCUCCACAGCAGCAUUGGACUUGUUCCUCUCCAGCACCGAGUCCUAUCAUGCCGUCUCCUUCCAGAGCAAUGGAUGGUUGUGGACAAAUGCAACGAAUGGGUACUCCUACGAAUGCUAUGCAUAUGCAACAAGGAACCAUUAGCAGUCCAUCAAUAGGAAGUGCUCCCAUGACGCCUCAGCACAUGGUGCAACAGCAGCAGCAAGCCAUGGUGCAAGGCCAACAAACUCCUACGGGCCAGUUUGAUCACAAUGGGGGAUUUACGCAGCAGCAGCAGGGAUAUCCUCACGGUGUCCCAGAAAGUACAGGCAUAAUGCAGCAACAAAAAAUUAUGAAUGCUCCAGGGGUUCAAGCCGAUAACUCUUCUGGAGUGGUAUAUACCAGACCACAAAUGAUGAUAGGUCAACAACAACAAAUGGUAAGCCUUCAACAGCAACAACAACAGAUGAUGGGCCAGCAACAGCCUAUAAUAGGGCAACAGGUGAUGCUACCUCAUCAAAUGGGAAUGAUGGGCGCCAGUCCACAGUACUACGCACAACAGAAUCCACAAGCUCAAUGGACUCAGCAGCAGCAACAUAUGCAGCAGGGCCAUUUUGUAAGACAACCUCAAAUGGCGGGCGCUACUGUUGGUCAACGUGUGAUGGUCCAACGUGUUCCAUACCCUCCUGGCACUGGUUAUCCCGCUGUUAUGCAAACUACUCCACAACAGCAACCGCAAGUUGUUGUAACGCAGCAGAGUAGCCGUCCUUCGGGUGCUCCAUCGCAACAGGCCCAAAGACCUACGUAUCCACCAGGAACCACUUCGCAACCAGCACAGUACGCGUAUCCUAGUGGCCAAGCGGCCGGAUUCCAACAACAACAACAAGCAGCACAGGUGGCUGCUUAUCAACAGCAAAUGUAUCAAAGACAGCAACAGGUCUCACAACAUCAACAGAUGCGACCGUAUAUGUCUCCACAGGGCGCGAUGGUCACACCCACACAUCAGACAGAUCUGCAAGCAGUGGAAGCAGUUGUUCGAUUUUUUGAUUGA